GCUUCCCAUUCUUCCUAUGCAGACAGACACAACAUGGCGGACUAGAAUAGUCGGCCGACGCGCCCGGAUACAGCGGAUAAACCGUGGGAUUCAACACCCAGGAAGGCCAAGAAAGUAACACUCCGCAGGGACGAGAAGUUAGGUCGAAUCGAGGACUUUUUUCGUGGGGCUGCCGUCCUUUCCUGGAGGAUUUAUCGGAUAAACUGAGUGCGAAGUGUUGGCUGUGUGUCCCAGAUCGUGCUCUGCUAUCACCCAGGUCCCCCCACCCCGCUCACACUCUCUGGUUCCUGGGGUGUGGAGACAGGGGCCGGGGUUGAAAAAACGUGGAAGAGAAAGAAAGGAUACAUUCCUACUUGGCUUUGCUUUUUUUUUUUAACCCCCUCCUCGGGUUUCCACUGGGCGCUACAGGAGUUGUGGACCCCGCUGUGCGAAUGAGUGAUUGAUGCCAACUUCGCUUCUUCAGGGCAGAAUGGGUGUGUGUCCCCUGCUCCUGCUGCUCGCUCUCGCCCUCGGGGCCUCAGCCCAGGAUCAUGUCCCCAUCACAAGUCCUUCAAAUAUCACUGCCAAACCCACAGACCCCCCUGCCGCCCCCUCCCUCAACUUCACAGUCACACCCCCACAAGCCCCCAGAGGCCCACCCACAACGCUCGCCCCCACAGUCAUCCCGGUGACGACAAUAAUAAAAACAACAACAGAAGAAACGACCACAGGCCCACCAGCUGGUGAGGAGGAUGUACAACGGCCGGGUCCCAAUGCCACCUUGCGGCUGCUACCGAUCCCCGCCCCCUCACCUGCGGCUCCAACCGAUGCUCCUACAGCACCGCCGAGCACCGUGCCUCCCCCUCCUCCCACCGGGGCGGGGGGAGACAACGAGACUACAGCCUUUCCUCCAGAAACCCCAACUCCAGAUUAUGACAUGGAGGAUGCAUUCGAUUUGGAGCCGGAGACCACCACAGAACCCGGGAUGGGGUUCACCUCAGAAACCACCCCACAUGAUAACAACCAGUCCGAUGACAUGCCCAUCAUAGCCGUCAUGGUGGCCCUGUCCUCCCUGCUGGUCAUCAUCUUCAUCAUCAUCAUCCUCUACAUGCUCAGGUUUAAGAAGUACAAGCAGGCGGGAAGCCAUUCGAACUCCUUCAGACUGACAAACGGUAGAUCAGAUGAAACAGAACUCCAGAGUGUCCCGCUAUUGGCCCGCUCGCCCAGCACAAACAGGAAGUACCCGCCCCUUCAUGUCGACAAACUUGAGGAAGAAAUGAACCGUCGCAUGGCCGAUGACAACAAGCUCUUCAGGGAGGAGUUUAAUGCACUGCCAGUCUGCCCCAUCCAGGCAUCAGUCGACGCUGCUUCCAAGGAAGAGAAUAAAGAAAAGAACAGAUACGUCAACAUCCUGCCAUAUGAUCACUCCAGGGUGCAUCUCUCGUCUCUAGAGGGAGUCCCGGACUCUGACUUCAUCAACGCCUCCUUCAUAAAUGGUUACCAAGAGAAGAAUAAGUUUAUUGCAGCUCAAGGGCCGAAGGAGGAAACGGUGAACGACUACUGGCGGAUGAUCUGGGAGCAGAACACAGCCACCAUCGUCAUGGUGACCAAUCUAAAGGAGAGAAAAGAGUGUAAGUGUGCCCAGUACUGGCCGGACCAGGGCUGUUGGACAUACGGGAACAUCCGCGUGUCUGUCGAGGACACAAUGGUCCUGGUGGACUACACCAUCCGCAAGUUCUGCAUCCAGCAGGUCGGGGAUGUGUCUGGGAAGAAGCCUCAGAGGCUCGUCACCCAGUUCCACUUCACCAGCUGGCCAGACUUCGGGGUGCCCUUCACCCCCAUCGGCAUGCUCAAGUUCCUCAAGAAAGUCAAGAAUUAUAACCCUCAGUAUGCCGGGGCCAUAGUGGUCCACUGUAGCGCGGGCGUGGGGAGGACAGGCACCUUCAUUGUGAUCGAUGCAAUGUUGGACAUGAUGAACACAGAGAGGAAGGUGGAUGUGUUCGGCUUCGUCACCAGGAUCAGAGCCCAGCGCUGUCAGAUGGUGCAGACUGAUAUGCAGUACGUGUUCAUCUUCCAGGCGUUGUUAGAGCACUACCUGUACGGAGACACAGAGCUGGAGGUGACUUCUCUGGAGUCCCACCUGGCCAAACUCUACGCCCCCGCUCCUGGAGCUGGCUGCAGUGGUCUGGAGGCUGAAUUCAAGAAGCUGACAUCAAUCAAGAUCCAGAAUGACAAGAUGAGAACAGGCAACCUGCCGGCCAACAUGAAGAAGAACAGAGUCCUGCAGAUCAUUCCAUAUGAAUUCAACAGGGUGAUAAUCCCAGUGAAGCGAGGAGAGGAGAACACCGACUACGUGAAUGCCUCUUUCAUUGACGGCUACCGUCAGAAGGACUCCUACAUAGCGAGCCAGGGCCCCCUGCAGCACACCUUGGAGGACUUCUGGAGGAUGAUCUGGGAGUGGAGGAGCUGCUCCAUAGUCAUGCUCACUGAGCUGGAGGAGAGAGGCCAGGAGAAAUGUGCUCAGUACUGGCCCAGCGAUGGAGCGGUUGUCUUUGGGGACAUCUCCAUCGAGAUUAAAAGGGAGGAGGAGAGCGAGAGCUACACAGUGCGGGACCUCCUGGUCACCAACACCAGGGAGAACAAGGCUCGAGCGGUGCGUCAGUUCCAUUUCCACGGCUGGCCAGAGGUGGGCAUCCCCGCUGACGGUAAAGGAAUGAUCAACAUAAUCGCUGCGGUGCAGAAACAGCAGCAGCAGUCUGGCAACCACCCCAUAACUGUCCACUGCAGUGCUGGUGCUGGCCGGACGGGGACUUUCUGUGCGUUGAGUACAGUCCUGGAGCGGGUGAAGGCGGAGGGCAUCCUGGAUGUUUUCCAGACAGUGAAGAGCCUCAGACUGCAGAGACCACACAUGGUGCAGACACUGGAGCAGUACGAGUUCUGCUACAAAGUGGUCCAGGAGUACAUUGAUGCCUUUUCUGACUACGCCAACUUCAAGUAGGGACAUGCCAUGGAUGGAUGUCCUCAUACACUUCAUACAAGCAUAUGCACGCACCAGAACACACGCACACACGACCACGCAGAGAGCUGCAAUUUCCCAUCUGAUGGAGGUUUUUAAAAAGACUCCUCACAAGUUGAUCUGUGGAUGGGAGGAACUGCCCGCAGGAAAAGGGAACAGAGGCCCGGAGGACAGGGCAGCGCAGUGGGACAGAAAAAUAACUGAGAUGCCUUCUUGAAUAUUUUGUAAUAUUGGUCUUGUUAAUACAGCCCUUAACCCCUUAUUUGCUUCCCAUCCCCCCACCUCCCCCCCCUUCAUAUGUACAUAUACUUACUGUGUUGCAUCUUAUUACUUUGGUUUCAGACACAGUUUUGAGUUUGGCUGCAUUUUCGGGUGGCACCUGUAAUGUAUUUUAUUGGUAUAUAUAAAUAUAUAUGAAUAUAAAUCGAAUGCUUUGGAGGCUAAUCAAAAAAUCCAGAGUCAUGGUAAUGAUGUUUGGAUUUUUUUUUUACUUUAUAGGGACAGAAACUUAAAACAUUGUUGGCUUGUCCGGAGCCAUGCUGUAGCAACACGUGUUGUAGCAGAACCCUGAACAUUUACAGACUAAACCUGGUCUGUGUUUCACUGCUAGACACACACACACAAACAGAGCCAUUAUUCUUCACACAGAUAUGUUUCCAUCUAGCGGGCCACUUAAAUUCCUCCCCUUUAAAGCUUCAGAGGUUCAAAGGUCACUCACGAUUGGAGUGAGGUAGCUCAUAGACUCAGGUUGACAUACAAAACACACACACUGAAUACCAAGAGCCAUUCUUUCUUUUGAAUCUGUGUGUGUGUGUUUGUUUGAGCUGCAGCUUAAGACACUGUCUUCUAUCUGCAGAGUGCCAAAGUCAUUCACUCCCUCGCAGAGUCCAGUAGCUCUUACAAUAUUUAGACAUUCACGAUACGAAAGCUAGUUCUCUGUUUAAUGAUCUGCUACAAACACUCUGCUCUAACAGGAAAUUGGGCUCCUUGUUUUUAAAGGGGAGGUCUGUUACAGUAUCUGCAGCACUGUUGAUCAUGCUGACAAGCCAAAUCACUCCAUUAUUGCAUCAUCAACAGAUCAUAUAUACCCAACAUAUUUCUUUUGUUGUUUACAGACACACGUCAGUAUUUCUUGUAGAUUGUAUUGAGCAUUUUGUCUGGGUUUUAUUUUGAUUCUGCCUGAAUGAACUCUUGUAUUUCUUUUAUAUCAGCCUCACAUCACUACGCUGUACUGUCACACUUUUAAUUCCCUUUUUUCCCCCCACAAUGAACACUGAUGCCGAAGAAUGUCUCUUUAAUUUGAAUGCUGUUGCUAACAUUUUCCUUUUUAAAAAUGGAUCAUUUGUUACUUAAAUAGUGGUGGUGCCAUGCCAUGUUUGCUCGGAUUUUAUUUUGAAUGGCUGUCCUGUGAGGACACUUGGAUUACGGUGUGGGUUUCUUUUCAGAUGAGGCCACAAUUGAGGCUAUGCACUCAGUUGUGAUGAAUGUUGUGGCUUAACCGCGGGGCUUCAGGUCAUGUAAUGUCAUCUCCCGUCUGCUCAGGAAAUGAGUGACGGCUGGAUUGUUUAAAUCGAGCAAACUCACAUUUAGAGUUUUAAAACCCCAGCAAAGGAGAGUACUCCGAUAUCAUGGCUUGCCUGGAUUUAACAGAUUUUAUUGCUAUGAUAUUAAAAAAAUAUUUUCCAAGCUAUUUCAAUGUUGUUAAAUGUAGAUUUUAACUAUGAAAAACCAUACACUAAUGGUCUAAAGCAAACUAACAAACCCUGAUUUAAUGACUUUUCUUAGCUGAAGGAGCUCAAUCGGUUCUAAUUUAUUGAUGGUGGACAACGUCAUUGAAAGUACAUGCUGAAUCUUCUUUAGGAAGGGUGAUUUGCAUCAUUGUUGAUUGUUUGAACACUCAUGCACUAUUUGCACCAAAAGCAAAGCCCCUUAAGAUUACAGAACCAAAUGAGAGAUAAGGUUAGGAUGAUGAUUUGGACUUGAUAUUGAAAUAUAUAAAAACCUUUUUCAGGUCUCAAAGCCUUCUGUAAGGCCCCUGCAGGGACAUAACAGUAGAUAUUUUUUGAAAUGUUGGCUGUAUGUGCAUCGUCAUUUUCCUUUUCAGGUCUGUUUUUGUUCCAAAGCAUCACAAGUGCCCGCACUAUUAGUCAGGUGCCGUUGGGUUCUUCAUUUAUCAACUUUGUCACAUAUUGGGUCUUUCAUUAAUUAGAGGAGGGGAUGCUUUUUGUUUAGCUAAUCUAUCGGUGGGUUUUUUGUUUGUGUUUGGAUCUAUGUGACUUUCAAUUCGACAGCAAAAUAUGACAGUGCGCCAUCCCACGAGACCCACUAUUUUGCAAAUCUGGUGAACUUAAAAAAGUGCCUCACUUGUAGUCAAAAAAUCUAAACUUUACAUAUAAUUUGUGAUGGAUCUGUUGUCAUCCUAAAAGCUCUCCUUAGUGUUUUCCUUACUCUGAUGACAAAACUCUAUGACAAAUCAAUAAGGCCAAAAAAAGACGGGGUUGGUCAUCCUUCCUUUCACAUUCCCUGUAGUCGCAAAUACCUAGAAUUCUCAAUUGUGCAGUUAGAACACAUUUUGGGGCCUCUUUUUAAAAUACAUAUUUUAUUUAAAUGGCCUCAUAAUUCCAUAUCAAUGACACACGGUAUCCAUGACAAGUAAUCAAUUGUGGGUACUCAAAUGUUCAACAAAAAUUCAUACAUUUUCCCUGCCACAGUUAAAUUGCAUCUCUUAUGCGUUGUCCCUGUUUCACGUCCCUUUAUCUCAGAGAUUUUCCCCAGUGGAGUGUUUUGAAUACCCCUGAGAAAUUAAAAUAGCUUUCCAUUUCUAAAUCGUCAGACUUGAGGAAAAUAAGAGUCCAACUUUUUCUCUUCUUCUUUCCAGCUUUUUAUGUCCUUUUAUGUCUCCUGUCCUUUCCUACUCACUGCUGGCUCCCUUUCCUUCUCUCACUUUGUGCUUGGACCAUGUUUUCCCAGUGGUCACAGCCCCACUCCCUUUUGUACAUAAUGUAAGGUUAUUUAUAUUUCAUUCCAGUCUGCUGCCUUGCUUAUUAUAUUUUCUUCUCCCCCUUUCUUUUUUUUUUUUUAAGAAAAAAAAGAUGUAUAUUGAACUGUAUCGGGACCAUUUUAAAAAUGUAUUAGAGAUGUUUUGUUUUGGCCAUUUUUAAUUUGGUAUAAUUGUCUUAAGGAAAUCCUAUUUUUUAAUUUGCCGAUGUUUGUUUCUAGUGUUUUGUUAUUCAACAUUUGAAUAUAUGUAUAUAUAAUUAUAUAUAUGACAAAAUUAUAUAUAAUUAUAUAAUGCCAGAUGGCCUUUCUAAGCAAGAUACUGUUCAAACCUAAUAAAGUGCUUGAGAUUUUA